CACAAACACACGCAAAGCAAAGAAACAUACAGAGAGACAUCUGCAAUGGCAGUAGGUGAUAAUAAGCCUCAUGCAGUUUGCAUACCAUACCCAGCUCAAAGCCACAUCAAAGGAAUUCUAAAGCUAGCAAAGCUCCUUCACCAUAAGGGCUUUUAUAUUACUUUUGUCAACACAGAGUUCAACCAAAAGCGCUUAAUCAAAGCUAGAGGAUAUGACUCCUUAUAUGGCUUGCCCAACUUCCAAUUCAAAACAAUUCCAGAUGGCCUCCCUCCAUCAAACCCUGAUGCCACCCAAGAUAUUCCUUCUCUUUGUAGAUCCAUUAGAAAGAACUUCUUAACACCAUUUCGCAACCUCCUUGCCAGCCUCAACGACUCUUCCAUUUCAAACAACCACCCUCCGGUGACUUGCAUUGUCUCCGAUGGUGUAUUGUCAUUCACCAUCACCGCAGCUCAAGAACUUGGAAUCCCUGUUGCUGUAUUCUGGACUUUUGCUGCUUGUGGCUUCAUGGGAUUUUAUCAAUAUCGCGCUCUCUUGGAAAAAGGUCUUACACCACUCAAAGACGCAAGUUAUUUGACAAAUGGAUACUUGGAUACUGUAAUAGACUGGAUUCCUGGAAUGAAAGAUAUUCGUCUAAAGGAUCUUCCAACAUUUUUUCAAACCACUGAUCCAAAUGAUGAAAUGUUUAACUUCCUUAUGGAAGCAGCACAGAGAGCAUGUGAAGCUUCAGCAUUUUGUGUUCAUACUUUCGAUGCAUUGGAGAAAGAUCUUUUGAAUGUUCUGUCAUCUAUGUUUCCCCAUGUUUACACCAUUGGUCCUAUACAGUUACUUUUGAACCAGGAAUUAGGAGAAGAAGAUCCAUUGGAGUCUCUCGGGUACAGUCUAUGGAAAGAAGAACCCGAUUGUCUCCACUGGCUUAACUCCAAAGAACCCAGCUCUGUUGUUUACGUGAAUUUCGGCAGCAUAACAGUCAUGUCAGAGAAACAGUUGGUGGAGUUUGCUUGGGGACUUGCCAAUAGCAACCACUACUUCUUGUGGAUAAUUAGGCCUGAUUUGGUGAUCGGGGAUUCAGCAAUUUUGCCACCUGAGUUCAAUGCAGAAACUAAACAAAGAGGUCUAAUUAAAGGUUGGUGCCCACAAGAAGAAGUCCUAAACCAUCCAUCAGUUGGUGGGUUCUUAACACACAGUGGUUGGAACUCAACUAUUGAGAGCUUGUCGGCGGGGGUGCCCAUGAUGUGUUGGCCAUUUUUUGCAGACCAACAGACAAAUUGUAGAUACACUUGCACUGAAUGGGAGGUUGGUAUGGAGAUUGAUAAUAAUGUGAAAAGAGAAGAAGUAGAGAAGCUUGUUAGAGAGCUGAUGGAAAGAGAGAAGGGGAAGAAAAUGAAGAGCAAGGCCAUGGAGUGGAAGAAAUUGGCAGAAAAGGCAACGACUCCAGUUGGGUCAUCCACUUUGAAUUUGGACAAAGUAGUGAAUGUAUUGCUAUCACGAAACUAGGUGUCGUUUGAUUUGAUUUUUCAAAAACUGUUUUUAGAUGAGUUUUUUAUUUAUUUUUAGUGAUUUUUUAAAAAUAUUUUAAUCAAUUCUUUACACUUUUUAGAUGCACUUAAUCAAGAUGCAUUUAAAACGUUAAAAAAAUUGACUAAAAUAUUAUUAAAAAAAAUCACUAAAAAUAUAUGAAAAUUUGAACAAAACUCUAUGUUCAUUUUUGUUCAGGUUUUUAGAAUUAGUAUUCUAUGGGCCUCAUAAAUUUAUGUUUGUUUGAGAAAAAUGUUG